AGCACUUGGUAAAAAGUUAUAUACUCACAUGAUCUUCAAGUAGGCUCCAAGCCUUAUCUCUGUUUACCAUGUUGAUGGAGGUAGCGGAAGAGAGAGGUGGUGCAGAUGGAAGAGAGGAGUACACCAAGGAUGGGACUGUAGAUCUCAAGGGUAGGUCUAUUCUCAGAUCAAAGACUGGAAGAUGGAGAGCUUGUUCCUUCAUUGUGGGGUAUGAAAUGUGUGAGAGGAUGUCAUAUUAUGGAAUCGCAUCAAACCUUGUGCUGUAUUUGACAAGGGAGCUCCACGAAGGCACUGUAAAAUCUGCAAACAAUGUCACUAACUGGGCUGGCUUUGUAUGGAUGGCACCAAUUUUAGGUGCUUACAUUGCAGAUGCUCAUCUUGGUCGUUACAGGACCUUUGUCAUCGCAUCAGGAAUUUACCUCUUGGGAAUGAGCCUCUUGACCUUAGCAGUUUCAGUGCCAGCACUCAAGCCUCCAUCUUGUGGGCAUGGGGUGAAAGAUGAGGACUGUGAAAAACAUGCGUCGACAUUCCAAGUUGGUAUAUUCUAUUUCGCACUGUACAUAAUUGCAAUUGGAACUGGUGGAACCAAGCCCAACAUCUCCACCAUGGGAGCAGACCAGUUCGAUGACUUUGAUCCAAAGGAAAGGACUCAAAAGCUAUCCUUCUUUAACUUUUGGAUGCUCGGCAUUGUCUUUGGCACCCUCUUCUCAUACACUUUUCUUGUGUACAUACAAGACAAUGUUGGCUGGAGUCUGGGAUAUGGCCUUCCUACCUUAGGGCUGGCGCUUUCGAUCCUAGUGUUCUUGGUGGGUACCCCCUUUUAUAGGCACAGACUGCCCUCAGGGAGUCCCUUAACAAGGAUGUCCAUGGUACUUGUAGCUGCAGUGAGGAAGUGGAAAGUGCCUGUUCCUAAGGACCCAAAAGAGCUUCAUGAGCUGAGCCUUCGUGACUACUCAAACCUUGGGAAUUUCAGAAUUGAUCGUACACCUACAUUAAGAGUGCUAGACAAAGCCGCAGUAAAGAGUGGGCCAACGUCUCCAUGGAUGCUAUGUCCAGUGUCCCAAGUGGAAGAAACUAAGCAAAUGAUAAAAAUGAUUCCAGUUUUGAUUGCGACACUCAUACCUAGUACCAUUACAGCUCAGGUGGGAACCCUUUUUAUCAAACAAGGCACCACACUUAACAGGAGCCUGGGUCCCCAUUUCGAUAUUCCACCAGCAUGUCUAACAUCUUUUGUAGUAAUCUUCAUGUUUAUAAGCCUAGUAAUUUACGAACGCCACUUCGUUCCUGCCAUACGUAAGUAUACUGGAGACCCAAGAGGGAUCUCACUGUUGCAGAGACUAGGAAUUGGACUAGUGCUGCAUAUCAUUAUCAUGGUCACCGCUUGCUUUGCUGAAAGGACGAGACUCAGCGUUGCGAGAGAAAAUGGGAUUUUGGGUAAAAACCAAACAGUCCCCCUUACAAUUUUCAUUCUCCUCCCUCAGUUUGCUUUGAUGGGUAUCGCUGACGCGUUUGUGGAUGUAUCAAAGCUCGAGUUUUUCUACGACCAAGCACCUCAAGGAAUGAAAAGCCUUGGAACUUCAUAUUUCACGACCAGUGUCGGAAUUGGGAAUUUCCUUAGUAGUUUUCUUCUAACAACAGUUUCUCAUAUAACCAAGAAGCAUGGCCAUAGAGGGUGGAUUCAGAACAAUCUAAAUACUUCGCGUUUAGACUAUUUUUAUGCAUUCUAUGCGAUCUUGAGUUUCCUCAACUUGCUCUUCUUUCUCUUGGUUGCAAAGUUCUAUGUCUAUAAUGAGGAAGUGGAUGUGAUAGAGUCCAAAAGGGAAUUGCAGAAAGUCAUGGAACCUUCACCUAAUGAGAUUUGAUGUUAGGAUAAGGAAGUUCCUUUGAACAAUGGAUUGGGAUGAUAAAACUUGUAUUCUUGUUUGCUUCUUGGAAACUGGAAUCAUAAUCAGCUGAUUCUUUGCUACUUCGGUACUGUAAAACUACAUGGUCAAGAUAUAUAUUGCAGGCAUUGCUGGUUUUUUGCAUUGUUUCAAAGAAUGUUUUGUCGAAGCUUAUCAAGACAGAAAUGAAAUCUAAACCUCGGAGGAAAUUUUUAGUUCUAAUAAGCUCAAUUUUUCUUCAGAUUUUCAAUUGUUAGUUUCUUGACUAUAUUACAAAUCAAUUU